AUGACACCUGACGAAAGCGGACCGGUCGAAACGACGAUAACCUGGAACGAGGAAUCGAAAAAAAAAAAUGAAAACGGAGGAGUAGUAGGGGGAGAAGAUGGGAAUUCGCGACGGAGAAAAGUUGAUAAUAGUGAUAAUAAUGGCGAUAAUGAGAUGAAGAGUGAUAAUCGGCGGCCGAGUGUUAAUGUCAUAGAGGAAAAAAACGUCGGGAUGGACUGUGAAAAAAUUAAAUUCGAACCCCAAGUUAAAUGGUUGGAUUUAUCAGGAUUAUUGUUCGUUCAUUUGGGUUGCAUUUACGGCCUUUACUUAUUAGUUUUGUCGAGGAGUUUUAAAAAUUACAUAUGGCUGUUUUUCAGCAUUUACGCAUCCGGUUUUGGAAUAACGGCCGGAGUCCAUCGACUGUGGUCUCAUAGAGCGUACAAAGCGAAUUACCCGCUCCAGUUAUUGCUCCUCAUACUUUUCACAAUAUCCGGUCAGAGAGAUGUUUACGCGUGGGUUUUGGAUCACCGAGUUCAUCAUAAAUAUACGGAAACGGAUGCGGAUCCGCAUAACGCGAAAAGAGGUUUCAUGUUUUCGCACGUCGGAUGGAUAUUUCUCACUCCGCAUCCCGACGUCGUCGAGAAACGAAUACAGGCCGACAUGAGAGAUUUGGAAUCGGAUCCCCUCAUAAUGUGGCACAAGAAAUACUACAUUCCGUUGUUUUUAGCCCUCGCUGUCGCCCUACCCGUCAUCGUACCCAUUUACCUUUGGAACGAACCCUUGUGGACGUCGUUUUGGAUUAAUUUCAACGUGAGAUAUGCCAUCACGUUGAACAUAGCUUUUUUCGUUAACAGCGUCGCUCACAUAUGGGGACAAAGGCCUUACGACAAGUACAUAAACUCGGCAGAUAACGUAUCCGUAUCGAUAGCGGCACUCGGCGAAGGAUGGCACAACUAUCAUCACGUUUUCCCAUACGAUUACAAAGCGGGAGAACUCGGAAAUUACACGUUCAAUCCCACAACGGGUUUCAUUGAUUUUUUUGCUAAAAUUGGAUGGGCUUGGGAUCGUAAAUUCGUAUCGACCGAAAUGGUGUCGAGGAGAAAGAAAAGAACCGGAGACGGUAGCAAGACACCCGUGUGGGGUUGGGGAGAUAAGGACAUGCCAAAAGAGGAUUACGCAGAACUAUCGAGUCAGCAUUGA